AUGUCUCAACUCCUUCAGAGAACGUUGGCUUUUUCUACGGACCUGGUAGAGCGCCAGGUAACCUAUCCGUUCGCCGCUCCUGUUUGGGCGUAUUUGUUGGGAGCUCUCCUUAUCCAGCAGACCGUGACCAGAUGGUACAGAUAUUAUAAAUCAUGGGUCGACGUCCCGGUAGUUGGAGGGUAUGGGGUUGUUGGGUCUUGGAUUGCGGCAUUCCGGUGGACAGCGCGAGCGCGAUCCUUAGUGGAUGAGGGCUAUCGGAAGCACGGCGACUUUGCCUUCCAGGUAUCAACUCCAACUCGAUGGGAAGUCUUUAUCUGCAAUGACGAAAUGGUGCGCGAGUAUCGUAACUUUACCGACGAACGCUUCUCGGCGAAUGCUUUAUUCGAAGCGCAGUAUACCGUUCCAGGCGCGGCAGAGGGUGUGCAUAAAGUACCUGUUCCUACCGUGGCGAAGGCCCUGACCUGGCAGCGCACUCGCGCCGCAACCAAAAGCGACCCAUACUUUGAGGAGUUUGUGAAAGAACUGGAGCACGCUUUUGAUGUGGAGACCAUGUUUGGUGACGAUGAUUGGAACGAUCUUUGCUGUUUCGCUACUGGAACAAGGAUCGUGGCCCAUCUAACCGCCAAAUCACUGGUAGGGUACCCUUUGUCUCGAGAUAAGGAACUGAUUGAUCUAUUCGCCGAGUAUGGCAAUGCGGUGCCAACUAGUGGUUUCUUUAUUGCAAUGUUUCCGGAGAUUUUGAAACCCUUCGCUGCAAAAAUGUGUAGCGCCCCAAAGAUAUCAGCACGCCUUGAUAGCAUUGUGAUGGACGAAUUAAAAAAGAGGAAAGAAAAUCCCCGGAGCGAGCCACAGGAUAUCACGGAUUGGCUUUCGUCGUGGAGUCGUACAUACCCUGGGACGUACACCGACCGAGAUAUUGCUCGGUCCGUAACAUCAGCCGUGUUUGGGGCUAUCCAUACUACUACACAGGUGAGCUCCACGGGGGUAACCAACCUGUUCGAAGCCGUCCGGCUUACCUUAGUGCUUAGGUGUUGUUUUGUGAAGGAAUCACUCAGCGACCACUGUCUGACGUUUCAUUUAGGUUCUCUUGCACGACGCGCUACGAAAGACUUCACUUUCAGCAAUGGGCUUCGCAUUCCUGAAGGAACGUACGUGUUCACACCAAAUGCACCGGUUCUCUUCGACGAGAAGCAUUACCCCGAUGCCCAGCAAUUUGACGGCUAUCGAUUCUAUCGGUUGGGUAGGGUUACAGGACGACCACUCGACUACAAAUUCAUUGCUGCCAAUACCAAGUAUCUCCAAUUCGGAGACGGGAGACAUAUAUGCCCUGGUCGAUUCAUGGCGGCAGACGAGAUCCGUCUUCUGCUGGCGCAUAUUCUUAUGAACUACGACAUCAGACCGAAAGAUCAUGGUCAACGCCCACCUAAUUGGACCUUUAAGAAGAUUUUGUUCCCGGACAUGAAAGGAAUGGUGCAGUUGAAGCGGCGAUCCGUUACGGCAUCCAACCCUAACUAG